AUGGACGACCCGCCCUUCCCCCGCGAGAUCGAGCUGCACAUCUUCCGAGGCGGCGCUGCAGCGGCCGCGGGGCAUCCCAGUGUUGAUGCGCGUAGCGUGGUGGCUGUGGCCGCCAGUGUGGAGCCGCUGCUGUACAACGUCUUGAGUCUUCGGGAUCCGGAGGCUGGUCCGACUCUCAAUACACCAUUCCCAGUCUUGUCGCCGUCUGCCUUCAGGGCGCUCAUCGAAGACCCCCCGCCGGCAGGCAUUCAUCGCGCAGUCGACCGUAUUCUGAACUCCUGCCCCCACCUCCAAGAUGUUGUCAUUCUACCGCGUGGUCUCAUAUUUAGCACGGCAGACGUGCUCGGAACUCUGCCCAACCUCCGGCGGCUCACCACGAACCUGCUCUCGCUCUACAUGAUGACCGCAUCUCCCGACCUCUCCCGCUCACGCGCAUCACACACCUCCACCUGUCGUUCUACCACCGCUGGCCGCAAGUCUGGCCGCCGCUUCUGGCGCUCCGGACGCCCCACCGCUCGACAUGUUGCUGGACGUGCUGUCGGAUCCACAUCGGCGGUUGAAUGUAUUCGUCCUGUCCUACCCAGCGUUGGGAAGGUGCCGCUCGACGAACGCCUCAUAGAGCACCCUGCGUGCCUCCUGGUCCACCAGGGGAUCGGCUGGCCGGAGUGGCAGGAUGAGUGGACAGGCGGCGCGACUAGUGCGGGGUUCUGGGAGCGCGUGGAUAAAAUGCUUGCGGAGCGUCGCUCAGCGGGCGCCCCAGGGAAAUAUGACAAUGAUUGUGCCUUCAAUCUCCUCAGUUCUGUGAAGCACACGAAAUCAACCGUAUGCGGCACACCUAGUACCGCGUCCCCGCAGGACAUUAUACGCCUCCGCAACCUCGUGGAACGCCGGCGUCGAAGGACAUUAUACGCCUCCGCAACCUCGUGGAACGUCGGCGUCGACUGGUGGCCGGGCACGUCGGGGUGGUGCCGCUUGCUCAGCUACACCUCCGCAGAUAAGUCCCGCGCACGCACAGCCGACACAGCGGAGGGACCCACCGCGAAGAAGGCCGUCUGCCAGCGUGACCCUAACCCUCAACGCGAAGGCCUGCACCGUCCUGAUGCCCCGCUCGACUCGCUCGGGGUCGUUCCCCCUAGCUCCGCUCCGCGCAGGGUCCUGGGCUCAUUGGACAGAUGUUCUCCUGACCCGCGACGGCCCGGGUGGGGACCGCUUUGGCAAGCCAUACCGUGGCUGGUGGAGGUGAGCGAGCGGCCGCGGGACGAGAGAAUGAUGUGGUGGAAGAGUGGUGCCGCUGGUGCGUUUCCUGCAGCUUCCUGUGCACUCGAUAUCCGACUUCCCGUCUCUGAGUUGGUUUUCCGAUUUGCGAUUGGAGAUUCGGAGCCAGAAGGGGAUCUCUGGUCAUGGAUUCACAUCCUCGAUCUUGCCAUGCUGGUCAAGUUCACUUGGUGCAUUGACAAGCGUCUGCUCAGCCUUGCCAGGUUGUCGCGCGAAGAUGUCGUGUUCCCGGGUGCGACAUCUUGUAUUGCGGAUCCAGAAUUCAUUGGUGUUAACCCACUCUGGCAUCGAGCAGCUGCCGCGCACCUUCCCGGGACUCGAACAGCUAUGGCCGCGAGCGAGCCAGCUUGUGUGCUUCCGUGUGUGCGCGAGCUGACCACAGCCUGCAAAGUGUUGCCUGCAGUUCUCCCAUGCACACCAUUUGUGAACAAACUGAAGAUUUGGAAUGAAGCUGCCGGGAGACUGCUGUUUACGCUCCAGCGCAUCGAGAGGUAUAUUCCGCCCACGAUAACUAACGUAGCAUUGCAGUCGGAUAAUGGCAAUUACUCCCUUUGGUCCGGGAUCCUUGCCUUCUUCCCGAACCUGCGCACCCUCGAUUUCCGUGUCAAAGAGUCCAGCGGUGAUUCUCGGCCAAGCGAGGCCCCUCACUUCCUCGCCAGCCUAUCGACCAUCCUUCCGCCCACUCUCGAAAGUCUCCGUGUCCAUAUUUGGUCCUCAAGGGCUGUCCUUCCCGGGGGGCAAACGGGAAGAGUGGGAUUGAGCCGUCUUCCAAGCGCGGAUGAGCUCCAGGCAGAACUACUGAAAGGCGCGAGUAGGAGCAGGGAUGGGCUGCGACGGUCGAUUUGGCGUGGCUUGAGUAAUCCCUCACUUUUCGCUGGCGAGUCUGACACCCAGGGUGGCGGCCUCUACUGGGCGGAAACAAGCGGCGUGAAAUCAGCCGCGGACGGCCCGGAUGGCAAGCAGCAGGGCACAACCGAAGGCGGGGACAAGGUGCGUGUGCUAUUUCGUCCGCGUAACUGGGUCCUGAUAGUCGCUACGCGUGUUCAAGUUUUUCACGGUCUACUGCCCCCACCGACGGCGCUCCGCCUUCCGCAGACACCACCGGCCCGUUCGCCGACGCUGCAAUCGAUUCCCAUUCCACUCCUCUCCACCUGCCCCCAUGUCCUCUCCAGUCCCCGUCUUCGACGCAAAAGCGAUGCCCUUCCGCCGGUUGGGCCCCAGCGGUCUGCGCGUGCCGCUCUUCUCUCUCGGCGGCUGUCCGUCUUUGCGCAUUCCCCAUUGGCUUUAGCUGAGCUCUCGACAGGGCUCACCCUCGGAGGCUCCGUCGUCGGCGAGAGCGUCAAGGACAUCAUGCAGGCCGCCUUCGAGAAUGGGAUCAACAUGUUCGACACCGCGGAGGACUACCAGAAAGGUGCGGCUGAGCGCGAAAUGGGACACGCUAUCAAAGAACUUGGCUGGCGCCGCACGGACCUCGUCAUCUCAACCAAGAUAUUCUGGAGCCACGAGCCAGGCACGGGCCCGAACGACACGGGGCUGUCGCACAAACACGUUAUCGAGGGCACGAAGGCUUGUUUUGCGACGGCUCCAGAUGGACUAUGUCGACGUCAUCUUCGCGCAUCGUUGCGAUACCACCGGCUAGUUCCGAUGGAGGAGAUCGUCCGCGCAUUUAACUAUGUUAUCGACCAGGGCUGGGCUUUCUACUGGGGCACCUCCCAGUGGAGGCGCACCAGAUCGAGGAGCCGCAUCGUGAGCGUGUACCUCUCCCGAGACCUCCCGUCGCUUACCCGCAGCACAGAUGUUGCCACGCGCUUAAACCUCAUCGCGCCCGAUCGGAGCAGUGCAAGCACAAACGAUAGCAUGUUCCACCGCGAACGUCCGGAGAAGGAAUACGCCCCUUUGUACGCCAAGUACGGCCUGGGCACAACCGCAUUCUCUGCACUGCAGGGCGGACUGCUGACGGGGAAGACGGCACGCGCGCCGCCACCGUGCCCAUGUUCCGGGGCGACGGAGGGUCCCCAGGGCGAAGAGCUGCUUUGGAAAGUGCGUCUCCUCAGCCAAAUUGCUGCGGGUGCGUCGUUUCUCCCCGACUUGCUGAACUCUGGGCGGAACCCGCUGGCGCUCGCGUGGGUUGCGGCGCACCGCCACACUUCCACAGUCAUCCUCGGCGUGUCCUCCGUCGCACAGCUCGAGGCGAACCUCGGCGCGCUUGAGGUCCUGCCCAAGCUGGAUGCUGCGGUGUUGGCGCGGAUCGAGGCUGUGUUGGGUAACCACCCGCAGGAGCCGGUGCGUAUUUCUCUAUCCAAUGAUGAGGUGGAUAAUGCACUAAUGAUGUUGGUGUAG